CACCUUUACUAAGAAAUGCAUACAUACAUACCAUGUCUAGCUAUAAAAUUUUCGAUAAUAAACGUAAAGGUUAUAAUAAUUUUAGUCCUCAAAAGUUGACAAGAUAUUUAUUGAAAUUCUCAGUUUCAUAUUAAAAAAAAUAAUAUUAUUAAAUAUUAACAUAGUCAAUUGUUAUAUCAAUAUUGGUAUGGUUAUUUAUUGACAAGUCGAUGACUUUUAUAAUACGACAAUAAUUUUGACUAUUAAAAAAUAUGAAAAUUUUUCUCAUAUUGAAAAAUCAUAAUUAACCAAAAGUUGUACGAUUAUUUCCAAGCAAAAGAAACCUACAUAUUAUUAUAAUACAAUCUCCAUUGAUAAACAAAAAAAAAUGACAGCAAAUCCAGACACAGAUAUUAUUAAAGAAAUAAGAACCUUGUUAUGGGGAAAUUGUCCAAAAGAAGAUGUCUUCAAUCGCUGGGCUCAAGGUUUUCAAUUUAGUCUUGAUGAACCAACAGCUCUUGUACAAAUUGAAGGUGGACCAUGUGCUGUUAUUGCACCAGUUCAAGCAUUUAUAAUAAAAGAUUUGCUACUUGAUGGUCCACCAAAUGGCUGGAAACAUAUAACAGUUGAAAAACAAGAUCGUCUUUUGGUUAAAGCUGCAACUGAAAUAAUAUGUCGUGCAAGUGAUUCAAGAGAUCCAAGAUAUUCAAUAGUUUAUAUUGAAGAUGAUAAUCCUGAAGAUAAUGAAAAUUUACCGAAUAGCCAUCAAGUGUCAAAUGACACUGAAGAACAACCACAAAUUAAUUCUGAUUAUUUUCAUUCAAGAUUAAGAACAUUUACAACUGGUGAUUUAGAUGAAGUUGAACAAUACAUGGCACAAAGAAUAGAUACAUUGAAAGAACCUUUUGGUGUAUUAUUAUUGUUGUAUACAGUUGUGUGUACUAAAGGAAUACAAGGUAUGCAUUGUGAAAUGUCUGAUCCAACAGAACCAGCAAUUGAUUCAAUAUAUGGUUAUGGUUGUCAAAGUUUAAUUAAUUUGAUGCUAACUGGUAGAGCAGUUAGUCAUGUUUGGGAUCAUGAACAAGAUGUUGGUGGUCUAAAAUUACGUGGUAUUGAUAAACAAAAUACAGUUGGUUUUCUUGCAUUACUUGAACAUUUAAGAUACUGUGAAGUUGGUGGUUUUUUAAAAUGUCCAUCUCAUCCAGUUUGGGUACUUGGAUCAGAGACACAUUUAACUGUUGUUUUUUCAAAUGACAGACGACUUGUUAGUCCAGAAACACCAGCUGAACAAGCACGUCGUGUAUUUAAAAAAUUUGAUCCAGAAGGAAGUAAUUUUAUACCUGCUGAAUUAUUACAAGAUGUAUUGGCUGAAUUGGGCCUUGUUACAGAUUCAGAAUAUGUUGAAAUUAUGAGAAAAAAAUUGGACAAUGAAAAUUUGGGAAUAAUAUUAUUGGCAAUAUUUAUGGAUGAAUUUUUUCCUGAAGAAACACGUACAUGUCCUGAUACAUUUACAUUGUAUCAUUACAAUGGUUUGGAACGUAGUAAUCCAGAUAAUCGUAUACAAUAUCAUUCUGGUGAUGCAGUACUUCUUGAGUGCACAGUUAAAUGUAUUCUUGACAGUAAUCCAAUGUUAACUGUACUACAAACAAAAUGGCCAAGUAUUGAGGUGCAAUGGGAAUCUGGGAGAACACCGAGUUUAAAUUAAUUUUAAUCUCGUUAUCACAAUUUAUUAUAAUAUUAAUAAUAACAAUAAUGAUAUAUAAAUAUUAAUAAUUAUUAUUAUAACGUCAUAUUAAUAUACUUAAUUUAAAAGAGACUCUGAUGAGUUUUAAACAAAAAAAAAUUAAUUUACUAAAAAAAUAUUAUGAUUGAAAAUUAUAUUUUAGAUAUAUACUUAAUAAUAAUUAUACUUGUGUUUAUUUUAAGAGUACCAAGUAUACUUAUAUAAUAUAUGAUUAUUUAAAUGAAAAAAAAAAAAAAAUGAAUAAAUAAUUUUCAUUUAUUAUCAAAGUCUCUUUUUUAUUAUGAUGAAAAUUAAUUAUAGCAUAGUAAAACAAUACAUAUUAUUGGAAAAAAAAGCAUGUCAUUUUAAAAAAUGCAUAAAUUUAUUUGUUUAAAUAAUAAUAAUACACGCAGAAUUUUACCAAGUAUAUAAUAUAUUAUAGUUGAAAUAAACCAGUAAAUAAAUGCCACUUUUAUUAUUAUUAAGUUAACAAAUUAACGAGUUUAAAAAAAAUAUAUAUAAAUAAAUUAAAAUGAUAAAUGUACG